GAGGCCCGAAGAGCUGCCAAAGCCCCGCCCACCCCAACUGAGGCCCCACCCACCCCAAAUGAUGCCCCACCCACCCCGACUGAGGCUCCACCCCCUCCGCCAUCGGUCACACCCCCUCCGGCCCCAGCCACACCCCCUCCUGAGCCAGACCUGCUCUGUGCCCUGCGGGCCCGGGGGCACCGCCCCGAGGCUGUAGGGGGGCUGUGGGUGCUGGGGGGGUCCCUGAGGGGGCCCCUCACCAAGAUGGGGGGACGCAUCAAGACCUGGAGGCGCCGCUGGUUCCACCUCGACCCCCACAGGAGGGUCCUGGCCUAUUAUGGGGACCAGGCGCAGACGAAGCUCAAGGGGGUCAUUUACUUCCAGGCCAUCGAGGAGGUUUGGUACGACCCCGGCAGAGUGGCUGGAAAGAGCCCAAACCCCCGCCUGACCUUCUGCCUCAAGACCUACGAGCGGCUCUUCUGGCUCGUGGCUCCCUCGGCCGAAGCCCUUCGGAUCUGGAUGGACGCCGUGCUCACCCUCACCCGCGGCGGGGGGGGCCUUCUGAGCCCCCUCAGAGCCUCCCCAGAAUCCCCCCAAAAUCUCCCCAAAAUCCCCUCAAAAUAUCCCCCCUGA